UAGAUGUCUUAACACGAUUACACGAGUCAUCAACUCAUCUACUAUAAAAAAAGAACAUCUAGAUUGUGAGUUCCUCUUUCCAAGGUGAGUAACAAGCAAAAAUGGCAACUUUGUUCACUCUCAGCUCGUCAUCAAAUCAUGCUUUCCUCGCUUCUUCCAAAACCCAAAAACCCCAUUUUACAACCUCAUCUACUCCCAGAAAUCCUCUCUCUAUCAGAUGUUUCAGGCCACCGGAGCCCGGCCCACCUAAAGAAGUCCAAACUUUAUGGGCCUGGCUCACUGAUAAAGGCAUAGUCUCACCAAAAAGCCCAGUAAAGCCAGGCAUUGUUCCAGAAGGCCUAGGAUUAAUAGCCCAAAAAGAUAUAGCUAGAAACGAGGUCGUUUUGGAGGUACCCAGAAAAUUUUGGAUAUACCCAGAUACUGUAGCAGCUUCAGAAAUUGGGUCUGUUUGUAAUGGGCUUAAACCUUGGGUGUCUGUUGCUUUGUUCUUGAUGAGAGAGAAAAAAUUGGGUGAUGCUUCAUCUUGGAAACCUUAUAUUGAUAUAUUGCCUGAUUCUACAAAUUCAACUAUUUAUUGGUCAGAAGAGGAACUCUCUGAGCUUCAAGGUAGCCAGCUGCUGAACACAACACUGGGUGUGAAAGACUUAGUAGCAAAUGAAUUUGCAAAACUCGAGGAAGAAGUAAUAGUUCCUCACAAGAGACUUUUCCCUUUUGAUAUAACACUAGAAGAUUUCUUUUGGGCAUUUGGAAUCCUAAGAUCAAGAGCAUUCACUCGCCUCGAGGGCCAAAGUCUUGUUCUAAUCCCCUUGGCUGAUCUGAUCAAUCACAGUCCUGAUUUAACAGCACAGGACAAUUCUUGGGAAGUUAGAGGAGCCGGUCUGUUCUCUAGAGAUCUCCUAUUCUCACUAAGGAAUCCCACCAGAGUGAAGGCUGGUGAACAGGUUUUGAUCCAAUAUGAUUUGAACAAGAGCAAUGCCGAAUUAGCCUUGGAUUACGGGUUCAUAGAAUCUAGGUCAGAACGCAACACAUACACCCUAACACUAGAGAUACCCGAAUCAGACCCCUUUUUCGGGGACAAGCUAGACAUAGCUGAGUCAAAUGGCAUGAGGGAAACUGCAUAUCUUGAUAUUGUUCUAGACCAGCCUCUUCCAGCAACUAUGCUCCCAUAUCUUAGACUUCUGGCACUUGGUGGAGGCGAUGCAUUUCUCUUGGAAUCAAUAUUUAGGAACUCUAUAUGGGACCACCUUGAGAGUCCUGUUAGCCGUGACAACGAGGAGCUUGUUUGCCAAGUGAUACGUGAUGCUUGUAAAUCUGCUCUUUCUGGUUACAGUACCACUAUUGAAGAGGAUGAGAAGUUGAUGAUACAAGACGAUCUGAAUCCAAGGCACAAGAUAGCUGUAGGGAUAAGAUUGGGAGAGAAGAAGGUGUUGCAGCAGAUUGAUGGGAUUUUUAAAGAAAGAGAGAUGGAUUUGGGUGUUUAUGAAUACUACCAAGAAAGGAGGCUUAAGGAUCUAGGAUUGUGCGGAGCACAAGGGGAGAGAAUACCUUGGAUAGGGGAGGUAUAGUUAGUCUUUGUUUAUAGUUCAAAAUGCAAUGAUGGACCGUGCAAGACCUGUUCGCAGUUCAUAGUUUAUAUUGGCUUAGAAUCACGGCCUGAAACUAGGAACGAAGAGAUGCUAUGGUAUCCCAUUUCCGAUGUUGAUCAAUGUGUAGGAUUGUAGACUAGCAAUGAUAUGUCGAAAAAUUAAUUGUUAUGCUUGGUGUAUUCAUGGGUUGAUUGGUUAUAUAUAUGUAUUAUACCAAAUAUAGUAGCAUAAUUGAUUCCUAUCA